AUGCGGCAGAUCGAACAGAACGUCAACCGCAUCUCGGAGCUGCACUCGCGCUCGCUGAACAACAUGGACGAGGCCUCGUCUGCGCAGGCGCACGCACAGCUCGACCAGAUGGCAGAGGAGACGUCGCGGCUCACUAACGCCACGAAGAACCGCAUCCGGAAUCUGGACGCGCAGACGGCGCGGCUGCCGGAGGGCGGCGAGAAGAACGUGCGCAAGACGCAGAUUGGCGUGCAGAAGAACGCAUUCAAGGAGCUCGUGCAGAAGUACGUGCGCGUCGAGUCGGAGUACAAGUCGAAGACGCGUGCCCGUGCCGAGCGCCAGUACCGCAUCGUGAACCCGCAGGCGACGCCGCAGGAGGUCAAGGCGGCCAUCGAGGACGACAAUGGGCAGCAGAUCUUCAGCCAGGCGCUGCUGAACUCGAACCGCCACGGCGAGGCGCGCGGCGCACUGCGCGAGGUGCAGACGCGCCACGAGGAGCUGCGCAAGAUCGAGCAGACCAUGACGGAGCUGGCGCAGCUCUUCCAGGAGAUCGACACGCUGAUCGUCGAGCAGGGCGAGCAGAUUGGCCAGAUUGAGAACAGCGCGAUGGUCGCCGAGACGGAUAUGAAGCAAGGCACGGAGCACACGACCAAGGCCGUGACGUCCGCACGCAAGGCCCGCAAGAAGCGCAUCAUGUGA